GUCGACGCUGUCUUUGUGUUUAUUUUCAGCUAACAGCAGCUCCCCAGAAACCCCAGGCUGGGAUACAAUGUUACUCGCGGCGUCCGCGGUCCAUGCGUGCCAUGUGAAUAUGGACUCGAAGGUGUUGUAAAUCCCGACGAGCGUUGCACAAAUUCGAAGAUGAACAAAGGCUGGUUGGAGCUCGAGAGUGACCCUGGACUGUUUACCCUGUUGGUGGAAGAUUUUGGUGUCAAAGGUGUUCAAGUUGAGGAAAUAUAUGACCUCCAAAGUAAAUGUCAAAGCCCUGUUUAUGGCUUUAUCUUCCUGUUCAAGUGGAUUGAGGAACGCAGGUCCAGGAGGAAAGUUUCCACUUUGGUGGAUGAGACCUCUGUCAUUGAUGAGGAAAUUGUGAAUGACAUGUUCUUUGCACAUCAGCUGAUACCAAAUUCUUGUGCGACCCAUGCAUUGCUGAGUGUGCUUCUGAACUGCAGUGGUGUUGAGCUUGGCACCACUCUAAGUCGCAUGAAGGCUUUCACAAAAGGCUUUAGUCCAGAGAGUAAAGGCUAUGCUAUAGGAAACGCCCCAGAGCUGGCUAAAGCACAUAAUAGCCAUGCGAGACCGGAGCCCAGGCAUCUGCCGGAGAAACAGAAUGGGAUUAGUGCAGUGCGGACCAUGGAAGCGUUCCACUUUGUUAGCUAUGUGCCCAUUAAAGACCGUCUCUUUGAGCUUGAUGGACUGAAGGCUUACCCCAUUGACCAUGGGCCUUGGGGAGAGGACGAGGAGUGGACUGACAAGGCUCGGCGAGUUAUCAUGGAGAGGAUUGGACUGGCUACUGCUGGUGAACCAUACCAUGAUAUCCGCUUCAACCUAAUGGCAGUGGUGCCUGACCGCAGGAUGAAGUAUGAGUCCAAACUGGAAAUCCUAAAGAGGAAUCGACAGACUGUGCUGGAGGGACUACAACAGCUGAUCAGGCUCACUCAGCCUGAUCUUGUCCAGGACAAGAAACAGCAGGAAUCCUCCUCUCCUGAUGAUACAGCUGCUGUUAUUAAGAAAGAGGCUGAUGUGGAGGCUGUUACAUCCCAAGGAUCUGAGCAAAGUUCUUCAGACCGAGUGGAUAACUCAGGAGUUCAACCUCAGUCUGCCCCCAACCCCUUAGGAAACUCCAAAGUCAUGGGCAAACCACCAGUACCCACUGGAGGAGGUCUUCAGUCAGUCACCAGUCCCAAUCCCAUUGUUCAGCGCCUGCCUGCCUUCCUGGAUAACCACAACUACGCCAAGUCUCCAAUGCAGGAAGAGGAGGACCUUGCUGCUGGCGUGGGUCGCUCGAGGAUUUCGGGUCCCCCCCAGCCCUCUUACUCUGAUGAUGAGGAUGACUAUGAGGAUGAUGAAGAGGAAGUGACUGCCACAGCAGGCACAUCCAGCAGGUUCAGACGGAAAGCAAGUCUGCGUUCACGAUCGGGACGGGUAGCAAGCGGAAUGGAGAGUCAGAUCGCCCUCAGUGUCCUGGCUGAAAAACUAAAGAAGGAAGUCCAAAGGAAGGAUGCCCUCAACGCACCUCUGUCUGUGCGCACAGAAGGCCGCACUGGGGGCAUUUGUAUCACAACUGCAUCGCAGCCCUCCCCAACACCAAGCAACGAGAGUACUGAUACAGCCUCCGAGAUUGGCAGCGCCUUCAACUCCCCACUGCGCUCACCGGCGCGCUCCCAGGCUGCCACCCGCCCAUCCAGUCCAGUUGCAUCUCACCUGUCUCGUGUGCUUUUCGGAGAGGACGAGAUGUUGAGACUAGACUCCAGGCACAAUCGUGCUGUACGAGAACUCGGUCCCUCUGUCAGCAUAGCCCUGCUACAUCUUCAGGAGGAUGGAGUCAUCUAUGCUCUCCCAGCAUCUAUGGACUUUGCUGCUGAUGGGAUUAAGCGGCCUUGCACCCCAGAAAAGAUGAAAGACAAAGAACAAGGGAGCAGCCUAGCAGGAGAAAAGGAGGGGAUGAAGCAGGGAAACGAGGCACUAUCUGUGGAGGUGAAGGCGGGGGAUGGCAAAGAUGGAGCCGACGUCAAACCUUGCAAGGAAAAAAUUAACUCCAAGGAAAUUGGAGGCCAUAAACCCCCUGGGGAAAAGUAUUCUCCAAAAGAGUUGCUCGCUUUGCUGAAGUGUGUUGAAGCCGACAUUGCCAAUUAUGAAGUCUUUCUAAAAGAAGAGGUGGAAAAGAGGAAGAAAUACAAAAUUGACGAUCAGAGGAGGACCCAUAAUUACGACGAGUUUAUCUGCACCUUCAUAUCGAUGUUGGCUCAAGAAGGCAUGUUGGCUAGCCUUGUGGAGCAGAAUAUUUCGGUGCGUCGUCGACAGGGAGUGAGUAUUGGCCGCCUGCACAAACAGAGGAAACCUGAUCGCAGGAAACGCUCCCGGCCAUACAAAGCCAAGCGCCAGUGAUUAUGUAUACAUUUUUACAGUUACUCCCGUAGGUCACUAAGCACCAAGCAAUCACUGCGAGGGAAAAAGAACUGCAUUGCAUCCAAAAUUUUUGUAUGAAGUCACUCUGAAAAGAUCUCAAUUUUUAGUCUUAACUUGAGUCGGUGUCCUUUUUCCAUAAAAAAAUGACCAUACACUCGGUCAUUUCUUUUAUCAUGUAUAUACACUA